AUGCCAGAAUUCUUCCGCAAACCACCCACUGGCAUCAAAGUGCUCAUCGUCGGCGCCGGCUUUGCCGGACUGACCGCCGCCAUCGAAUGCGAUCGCAAGGGCCACGACGUGCUGCUCCUGGAGGCCUUCCCCGAGCUGAAGAUCCUGGGCGACAUCAUCUCGUUCGGCCCCAACAGCGGGCGCAUCUUCCAGAAAUGGGAGGGCGUCGAGGCGCAGCUGGACCCCAUUUGCCACAAGUCGGACGGCGUGCACUUCGUGUCGUACCGCGGCGAGUACCUGUUCACGCAGUACUGGCACGACGAGGAGCCCUGGGGCAAGAAGUUCAACGGCCACCGCGGCGAAAUCCACGAGAUUGUCUUCAACCAUGCGCGCGCGAGGGGCAUCGAUAUCCGGCUCGGCCAUCGCGUCGUCGACUACUUCGAGACCGACACCGAGGCGGGCGUUGUCGCGCAGAAGGAGAAUGGCGAGAGGGUCACCUUCACCGCCGACGUGGUCUUCGCAGCUGAGGGCGUCCGGUCCACGGGUCGCAAGAUCGUGCUGGGCUACGACGACAAGCCCAAGUCGAGCGGCUACGCGGUGUAUCGCACCUGGUUCGAUUCCUCGCGGCUGAAGAGUCCGCUGACGGACCAUCUGUGGAAGAACGGCGACUCGCACUGGGCGUGGAUUGGGCCGGAUGUGCAUUUUCUGGCUGCGUCGCUGAAGAAUGGCAAGGACUUUAGCUGGGACGAAGCCGACAUCGAAGACUCGUGGUCCACGCCCGGCCGGAUUGAAGACUGCCUGAAGGUGGUCGAAGGCUGGGACCCAGUCGUGCAGGAGAUCGUCAAAGCAACACCGCCAGAGUAUCUGGUCGACUGGAAGCUGGUCUACCGCGACCCGCUGCCGACGUGGAUCAGUCCGAAGCAGCGGAUCGCGCUGAUCGGGGACGCAGCGCACCCGUUCCUGCCGACGUCGAUCCAGGGCGCGAGCCAGUCGAUGGAGGACGGGGUGACGCUGGCCGUGUGUCUGGAGAAGAGCGGCCGGGCGAAGGUGCAGGAGGCGCUGCGGGCGUACGAGCGGAUUCGAUACGAGCGCGUGCUCAAGGCGCAGAAGACGGGCGAGACGACGCGCGAUCGAUGGCACAAGGCGGAUUGGGAGGAGGUCAAGCGCAAUCCGGAAGUGCUGAAGCUGAAGCGCGAGCGGUGGCUGCUGGAUUUCGACUCGGAGAAGCAUGCAUAUGAGGUGUAUGAUAAGGUGGUGGAGGAGCUGCGGAGGGAGCAGGAGCAGGAGAAACAGAAGCAGGCCAAGUUAUGA